CAAAAUAUCCCUUACACUCGAAAGAAAAAGGAUACCAAACCAACACAUUUGCAUCAAACAAUUCGGAUGGCGCACACAAAAAUGGAGACGGGUUUGGUUUUGGUGGUAAUGGCCAUGCUGUGUGCAGGAGCUGCAGCACAAUCGAGUUGCACAAAUGUGUUGGUGAGCCUGUCACCGUGCCUUAACUAUAUCACAGGGAAUUCUUCAACCCCUUCUUCAGGAUGCUGCUCACAGCUUGCCAGUGUGGUACGCUCACAACCACAAUGCCUGUGUCAGGUUCUUAGCAGCGGUGGAUCAUCGCUGGGGAUCAACAUCAACCAAACUCAAGCUCUGGCAUUGCCUGGUGCUUGCAAGGUGCAGACCCCACCCACCAGUCAGUGUAACAAUGCAGCUGCUUCCCCACCAACAGAAACAGAAGCGGAAUCUCCAAAUUCAAUUCCAUCAGGAACCGGAUCCAAAACCCUACCCACAACUGAUGGUGGCUCAUCCAGCGGGAAUUCCAUCAAGUUAUCAACACCUCUGAUACUUAUUUUAGCAGCAGCAACAUACGUUUCAACUUUUACAACAUAUUGAUUCUAUAAUCAGUUGGCUUCCCGUUUGCUAUUUUUUGUUUGUUCGCCAUUUGUUCUUGUUUAAUCAUAUACUAUUGAGUUCCCCUUAGGCUGAAGGGUUCGAUCUAUUCAUUUGUGACCCCUACUGGGUUACAUAGUUUUGUACAAUGUGAGAUGUUUGUUCUCUCAGUUUAUCAAUAAAGAUGGGUUGUGACUUGUGGUUUGCUAUUCAUAA